GUGUGUUUUGGUCGCCGCCGAAAGGUGCUUCCACAGGAAGCGGAUGCAUCUCGCUUGUCACCGGUCAAAAUUCCGAUUAUUCGUCGCGCGUUGCCAAUUACAGAAGUCACAAAGUUGCGCGCGAUCGAAGAAACACGUUCCAAACCACCUGUGAAGACAAAGUUCGACGCCUGGAACCGACGACCAAUGACCGUGUUUCGAGGAGAAGUGUCGCGCGUUUGUUCGACACAGUGUUGUUUAAAAUUACGCACGCGAGUUUAAAAAAAGUGCACAUUUCAACAUUGAUGCGUCGCGUAAAAUUGCAUCGACUCGCGCAAAGCCGACACGCAAUUUGAUUACGCCAAAAAACGAGCGAUUUUAAACCACCUGUUAAAAAACAUAAUCGAAAAUGUAUUAACGAGGCAGUGCGCGAGGGCGACCGAGAAUCGCCGGUAGCUCUUUAUAGAAGCUCAAUCGGUCCGAUCGCAAAGUUUAGCGCGUAGCGCCCGCGGGAGCGAGAGUAUGUGUGUGAUCGAGGAAACUUGGCCAAUUAUGUUAAACCAUCCGUGACACAGACUAACUAGCCAAUAAUUUAUCAGGAAACGAUUUUCGAACUUGACUGUUAUAAACUGUACCUUAUAAUUCUCCGUGUACCUUUGAACUCGAUCAUUUCGAUAUUAACGAAUCCGUAUUUGGCGGAGCGAGUUCGUCGCAUAAAAGACGUGAGACAAAAUGUCAGAUGUACUAAAUAGAGUUGUCGUGUUUUUCUUUAGUGAGAAAAUUUUUACUUAACAUAUAUUAUUAAAAAAACAAAUAAUAGAAAGAUACGCGCAGUUGAUUAAAAAAAAACUGACGCACAAAUGGCGCAGUUUUUCUGUUUAAAACGGAGAGCCGCGAAGAUACGUCGAAGGUGCAAGAAAGUUAAUUAUUUUAAUCACGCUAAAACGUAAUAUAGUUUCCGUGACGGCGAAUUCUCUUCUAGUCUAUCUUUAUAUGACAAAAGAUAAACAUUUCAUUCGGGGGCUUUUCGCCGAAUUGUCAGACACUUUUAUCGUCUGAGCCCCAUUCGAUCGCGAACGUUAAACGGAGCUUCGUUUUAAGUGAAGAAGCCAAUCAGAACAUUUCGCGGAGCGAGCAAUUUACUCGCGAUCCAUCUAUAUUCAAAAGCUCUUUUCGAUGUGUCGCGUCACGUUAAUUAAUAGUGAACGUAUCUCGACGGCGAACUUGAUGAUGUCGCUUGUAUACAACAUUUCCGACUCGGCGAGAGUAGUGAGAUCUCUUACCUUGACACUCGCGAAACGGUCAAUCGCGGGAUUCACGUUGCCGGACACAACGUGGUCUGCGAUUUCUCAUGGAUUUUUUCGAGCGGCAAUUUUCCGACACUCGGCAGAACUCGUUGCCGAGCCGCACGAGGUUCCGAAAUUCGUUGCGACGCGACCGAAAAAGUUGCCGACGUAAACAUUGAAAUUCUUUUAUCCGAAAACGCGAGAGGGAGAUUUAACGUGUUUUGCGAUCGCUCGCGUGUACAACCUGUAAAUACGUAAUUUGAACCCGAGUGGGGAAAUACCGUAAACUACCACACACCACCCCCGCAUCUCCCGAGUGAGCGAGAGAUGCGCGAUCGCGAGGGAAUGCAGGAGUAGCUUGUCGAAAAAAAAAAACCAAAUCGAAAAAAAGAGUCGGCGUACGAGUAAACGAAGAAAGGUGCAUUCUGCUUCUCUUUCUCGCGCUCGAGAAAUAUGUUGACGACGAUGUCUACCGUCGCGUUUGAAUUGAACUCGUCCUAUUACACGACAGCGGUCGGCAACAGUGCGCUCAAUGGAUUUUCAGUAAUCGAACCGGAGAACACCACUUACGCGCUGUACAUGUUGCCUGCGUACAUUCGAACAACAUCGAUGGUUGUGUGCAUCACCGUGAUGGUGUUGGGAAUAAUCGGAAAUCUUAUGGUGCCCUUGGUCGUUCUACGGAGCAAGGACAUGAGGAACAGCACCAACAUUUUUCUCGUGAACCUCAGUAUUGCCGAUCUGGCUGUGUUGCUGAUUUGUACGCCGACAGUUUUGAUUGAAGUCAAAUCUGGGCCAGAAAUAUGGCCGUUAGGGGAGCACAUGUGUCGAGCUGUACCUUUUGUAGAACUCACGGUGGCUCAUGCAUCCGUGCUGACGAUUCUCGCAAUUUCUUUUGAACGGUAUUACGCCAUUUGCGAACCUCUGCGCGCGGGGUACGUGUGCACAAAAGCGAGAGCAACGUUUCUUUGUUUUGUGGCGUGGGUGACGGCGGCAGUUUGCACCAGUCCGAUUCUGCUCAUGGUAACGUACGAAAUUGAGAGGAAAGCAGACGGAACGUUCACCCCAAUCUGCAGUACGCCCGCAUCGACGACCUGGAUGACGUGUUUUCUCGUAACGACGAUCGUGGGAUUCUUCGUUUUGCCGCUCUUCAUUUUGAUAUUUCUUUACACCGUGAUCGCGAAGCAUCUGAUGGCAAAUCCGACGAUAAGUCGGGGACCGGCGAACAAUCUGCUCAAAUAUCGGAAACAAGUGGUCAUGAUGCUGGGCACGGUGGUUCUUUGUUUCUUUCUGUGCCUGUUACCUUUCCGAGCCUUCACUCUCUGGAUCAUCAUCGUGCCGCCAAAGAUGGUCGUUUCGCUCGGUAUUGAAAGCUAUUACAGUUUGCUGUACUUUUGCCGCGUAAUGAUUUACGUGAACUCGGCAAUCAAUCCGAUCGUUUACAACGCGAUGUCCUCGAAAUUUCGAGAAAAUUUUCUUAAACUGUGCUGUCUGAAACGAACGAAACGGAAGAAGAAGAAAACGUCGGGACGCACCCCGACUUACACGACCGGUUCGACCAAUUGCAGCAGCAGUCACUCGGAUUUCUGGCGCAGACACAGCAGCAACAGCAAGAGCUGCGGCGUGAAGGUACCGAGCAAUGAGCACGCGGAAAAUCAGAUCAAGUUGCCUUUAUUUACGGCUGUCGUAGCCGGAAGUAUCGUUAGCAAAAAGCAGGAGAGCUACGUUUAAGCGGGCUCUCGAGCUGUUCUCUCUCAAUACACAGCCGGGAAACUCUGUCUUGAUUUUUUAUCGCAUUGUGACAACACACGGCAUCUGUACACGCGUACACGAUUGAAUUUCGUAAAGUAACUGAAUUGUAGAACGUUUGUUUUUUUUUUUGUAGCGACAGAGAUAAUAAGAUUUAAUUGUUAGUAACUAAAUGUUUAUACUAAAAAUGUGUGCUAGUAUACGUGCUUGUUAUAGCGACAUAGACAGAAAAAUUCACGCGGUACAAGAAUAAUUGUAGUAAACGUUCGUUCAUUGUGACGAGAUAACUUUUGGUUCCUCGAUUUUGUAUGUGAUACAAACGCGCGCAUUGUAAAUAACGCAUUUAUACACGCAAAUGCUGUGACACAAUAAUUAAGUAGAAACAAAAUUUUCUUCGGCAAUUCGCGCAAAUUCGUAGAAAAAAUGAAGUGUUUGCGUACGUGUCUUUUGUUUUGCUACAAAAAAAAAACGCGUCAACAAAUGUGGCAAA